AUGUUUUUGUUUUGUUUCGAAAGAUCUAAUGCUGAUAGUACAGUACGAUGGUACCGCUCCACAUUCUUCAACAUCACCAUUCUCGGGCUCUGCAACUUUAGUGCUCCGGGAAUAUGGGGUGCGAUGAAUAGUCUGGGUGCUGGAGGCGCACAGUCGCCGCAUCUCGUCAAUGCAGGGAAUGCGCUUACGUUUUGCUUGAUGGUGGUUAGUUGUUACUUUAGCAGUGUGAUUGUGCGGUAUAUCGGGAUUAAGGGUGCUUUGAUUUUUGGAACAAUUGGAUAUGCACCAUACGCAGCCGCUCUCUACACAAACAACAGAUUCGGCACAGAAUGGUUCAUCUACCUCGGUUCCUCCCUUUGCGGCAUCUCCGCGGGCGUCUUCUGGAUGGCCGAAGCCGCAAUCGCAAUCGCAUACCCCGAACCCUGGAAUAAAGGAAAAGCCCUCGGAUACUGGCUUACCUACCGUCUCGGCGGCCAGAUUCUCGGUGGCGCAAUUAAUCUUGGGCUGAAUUCGAAACGCAACAAAGCUGGCAAAGUAACGUACGUUGUUUAUCAGGUUUUCAUUGCGCUGCAGUGCAUAGGACCAGUUGUAGGCUUCUUUUUGAACAGCCCUGGCAAGGUGGAGAGGAAGGACGGCAAGAAAGUGGAAUUGAAGAUUGCAAAAGAUCCGUGGUUUGAGAUAAAGGAGACGGGGAGGUUGUUUUUCACGAAGAAGUUUCUCCUCAUUGUGCUGUGGAUUGGACAGGCUGUGUUUGCUGAGGCAGUCUUUUUUACCUAUUUGGCUCUCUGGUUCUCAGUCCGCGCCCGAGCUCUCGGCUCCUUCCUCUCAGGCAUCAUCGCCGUGAUCUGCGGUAACCUCCUCGGCACCUACCUCGACCGGACUUCCAUUGCGCUACGAAUUCGCGCCCGAACUUCCUUCAUCACCAUCGCCACGCUGCAAGGCGCAUGGUGGAUCUGGGCCACCGUUCUCGCCACAGAGUUCCGCAACUCACGACCAUCUUACGACUGGGUAUCUGAUGGCUUCGGCCGUGCCUUUGCCGUCUUCAUAUUCCUCACUAUCGGUUUCCAAAUGAACUACCUGUUCCUGUACUUUGUCAUUGGAAAUCUGGCAGAGAACGAAGAACAAGUUAUCAGAUAUGCGGCGCUUCUCAGGGGCACGGAGAGUGCGUGGCAGGCGGUCAGUUAUGGCGUUACCAGCGUCAAGGUUUUUGCAGAGGUGGGAGCGAUUUACUGGAAUUUUGCAUUAUGGGGAGUCUCACUUUGGCCGGCGUGGUUGGUAAUUAGGGGGUUUGGCAACAAAUUGACAGCGAUUGAGCAGGUGGAUUCGGGGGUUUCUGUAAGGGACUCAACGCCCGAAGUGGACAAGUAA